AUGGACUUCGCAUAUGGCUUGGUCCUUCCGCUAAUUCCUGAAGGCAAAGCCAAAGAUACGAACUUCUUGACUCUCGAGCUGGAUAGUCGCGUUCAAAGUGACCAUGGAUCUUGUCAAGAAUCUAAAUCAUCAUUGUCUCCUAUGAUGGCAGUUCCUGCAACACAAAGGGCAGUCGUCACUCGCGAGGUGGGCAAAACACUAAAUAUGUCGCUUGAAACGAUAUCCGUGCGAGAACCUGGCCCAAGCGAGGUUGUCAUUCGCAUUUCAUACUCGGGAAUCUGCUGCAGCGAUUCCAUGUUCUCCGUCGGGCCACAACCGGGCUACCCCAAGUACAACCAUAUUGCCGGCCACGAAGGGAUCGGGCAUAUUGUCAAGUCGCACGAACCGACCCUCGCGCCGUCCACCAACCGUCUAUACGGCAUUCGAUAUCUCGCCUGGAGCUGCGGCUCGUGCACCUAUUGCCUGCACGACUUGCCUACCUCGUGUCCAUCCCAGCUUAACACCCCCAAGCAAGUCCCCGGCACGUUCCAGGAGUACCUCACGGUUCCGAGCUGUGUGCUUGUGCCAUUACCAGAGAAUAUCACCGACGGGAGGGUCGAUACCGCCCUCUACGCCGCUGCGCUCUGCUCCGGGUCAACGGCUCUCACGUCUCUUCGAGCUGCUUCGCUCGGUGCUGGGAGCAUCGUGGUCGUAGUCGGCGUAAUGGGAGCCAUCGGGCAUCUAGUGGGGAUGAUAGCGAAAAAGAUUCUGGGCGCAAAAGUGAUCGGUGUGGACCUCCCAGCCAAAGUAGACAGGGCUUCACCUCAGGACUCCCAUGACUACUGCGAUAUCCUUCUUGGGGCUCCCAAGUCUCACCAGGGCAACGCCUGGGAGGAGUUCCACGCGGCGGUGCUGAAUGCUUGCGCGCAACUCCGUGGAGAGCAACGUGGUGGGGGUGUGAAGAGAGCAGCCGAGUGCGUGAUUGUGACGAGUAGCUCCAUCGAGGCGUUCCAGAAGCUCGAUGAAUACGUCCGCGAUGGAGGCACCAUUGUCUGCGCCGGGGUGCCGAAAGGGCUGAACAGGGUCUCUCUUCCGCUUCAUUGUCUUGUCGAACGAAACCUGCACUUGUCCGGAAAUCUCAUGGGUAGUCAUGACGCGGCAUUAGAGGUAAUGGAAUACAUCCGGACCAAUCGUAUCACCCCCCGCGUCAGUAAAGUACGGCUGGAAGGAGUUCCAGAGCGCUUGCAAGCAAUGAUGGAUUAUCAGACAGUGGGCAAGGUUGUGGUUUGUAUGUGA